ACUAAUUGGCGCGCGAGCUCGCCAUCUGAUGCCAUUGUAUCGUCAGGAGACGGAUCGACGGGUACUGUGAGUCCGCGACCUGUCAAAUAAUGGACAUGUACACUGCCCUCCCUUUGCAUUUCUUACGUGUGCCUUCAAGAUGCGUCGGUUAGCUUUUCGUUCCAUUCUUUUCUUAGCGUGCGCCGUCGCGGCAUGGAUAUUUCUCUUUCGUUCAACUUCAUCCAGUCAGAUAAAUUCAAGACGAAAAUCUUCCCGGCUACAGGCUCGACCUCGACCGUCCGGCCCGAUCGGGAGUGAAGUAGAACGCAAUGAGACCAAAGUCUACGACUUUAUCAUUGUCGGCGGCGGACAGAGCGGGCUUGUGGUGGCCAACCGCAUGAGCGAGACGGGUCAUACAGUCCUGGUGAUUGAGUACGGCGAAGUUGUCAGAGACGAUCCCCUCAUCUCCCGACCAUGGCAGCCUUUCAACAGCAGCGCUGGGGCUUUGUACGAUCCCAAGUUGAUGUACAACUACACCUCCGUUCCGCAGAACGUCCUGAAUAACCGCCGCACCAAUGUCUACGCCGCAGCCACCGCGGGAGGCGGCUCGACUGUCGACAGCAUGAUGCUUAGCCGGGGCUCGCGCGAGGAUUACGAUGCUUGGGAAGCACUGGGUAAUCCUGGAUGGGGUUGGGAUGGUCUUCUGCCAUAUUUCCGACGCAGUGUGACCUUUACGCCCCCAGGUGAGCGGUUGCAAGAGCAGCACGACGUAACGUUUAACGAGGCCGCGGCGUAUGGUGGAAGCGGGCCCAUUCACGUAUCUUUUCCCGGUUGGGUGUGGCCGGGACUGAUGCCUCAAAUGCAAGGCUGGCACGAAAUGGGAAUCCAGAAGUCGAAGGAGGGCGCAGGCGGCGAUGCGCAUGGGAUGAUCUCGGUUCCACGGGCUCAGGAUCCGAGGACGCAGACGCGCUCGUAUUCGGUGACUGGACAUCUGGAUGCGGCCAUGUCAAGACCGAAUUUUGAGAUGUUGACUGGCCAUCGCGUGCGGUCUGUCUUGCUGGACGAGAGCAACACUGCUUAUGGGGUGGUCGUGAAACGCCGCAACAUCACCGAGUCAAGGACAAUCACCGCCCGCAAAGAGGUCAUAUUAGCAGCCGGCCUGCACUCGUCGCUGAUCCUGCAAAGAAGCGGAAUAGGGCGUACAGAAACGUUGCUCAGAGCAGACGUGAAACCUCGCAUCGACUUGCCGGGCGUGGGCAUGAAUCUUCAAGACCACCCAGCCGCCGGCAUUGCUUUCGACUUCCAGUCCGACCUUGCUUACACUCCGACGAACCUGACGACCAACGCCACCUUCGCUGCAGAGAUGCAGGCUCUGUUCGAUCGCACACGUGCCGGUCCAUACGCCGGGGCACACACUGUCGCAUCAAUGUUCACCGCAGCAGACAUCGCACCACCAUCGUUUUUCACAGAUCAGCUUCAAUGGCAAUCCGCACAUCUGGAAGCAACUCUGGCAUUCCUCCCUCGCGAGUACUCACUAAGUCCCGAACUCCUUACCGGCUUCUUCAAACAGCGCGAACUCCUCCUGAAAGCCCUUUCAAGCGACAAAUCAGCACAGUUGGAGCUGCCACUCACUGGCGACUCUUACGCCCUCCACAUCUUGCAAAAGCCGCUCGCGCGCGGCUCAGUCUCCAUCGACCCAUGGGAUCCCCUCGACGGGCCACCACUCGUCGACUUCCAGACUCUCGUCAACCCCAUCGACUUGGAAAUGAUGAUGCUCGCGCUCAAACGCACACGUGUAUGGGCGGGGACGGGCGCAAUGUCUGUCUUGACGCCCGUCGAGCGCUGGCCGAUGACCGCCGCGCAAGCCGCUUUGGAAGAGAACGAGCGCGAAAGUGCGGCGCUUGGGUUCCGGAGGCCUUUCACGCCACCAAGCGAAGGCGUUGAAGAUGAGCGGCUGCGAAUCCAUAUUCGGAGUAAUGCGGAAAGCAGUACUGGGCAUGUGUCUGGGACUUGUGCGAUGAUGCCCCAGGAGCUCGGCGGGGUUGUAGACAAUGAGUUGAGGGUCUAUGGAACAACGGGACUGAGUGUGGUCGAUGCCAGUAUCAUUCCACUGAUCCCCAGCGCGGGCCUAGGGGCGACCGUCUAUGCGGUUGCAGAGAAGGCAGCGGAUAUCAUCAAAGCGCGUCACGUGGUCGACGGAACCCAAAUGGUGGCGAAACCCGGUCUGAAAGCACGGGGAUGAACUGAAAGCGAUGAUAUUUCAUGUACGGUCAUUCAGGGCAUCAGGUGGCAUACUUGACUGGCUUCUCAAUAUCGCCACCGUUGGCUAUCUCCACCCCAUGGUGCUCGUUCGCAAAUGCGCUGAGUCGCCUUUCAGCAUCACCUCCGUGUUUGGCGAAGAGGCGAUCGACGUCUUCCAGGGCCAAACCUUUGGUCUGAGUGCAUGAAUCUGUUAGCGAAUAGUCUUUGGAUAUAGCAGCUCCCAUAAUCCUUACCUCAGGGUAGAAAAAGUAGACGAUAGGAACGAACACGGCAUUGAUCACCGCGAAGAUUAUGUACGUCUUGUAGCCGAUG